AUGAAGAUACAAUGUCUCGACCACAAAGGAUCCACAUCCAAUACGUUUCUAUGCAAAAUCAAUCAGCACACCAUCCUGAUCAACUGCCCUAUUGAAACACUAACUAUACCACAACCUCAAUAUCAGCAAGAACAAGACGAUGCUCUCGAUGGACAAGAACAAGGCGGCAAUGAUUUGGGCUCCAUACUAUCCACAUUUAGCGCUCAAGGCAAACGCACAGCCGAUACACAAUACUCAUCAUUGACUACAAGCGUGAAAAACUGCGACCAUCCAAGCGUAUUCCGAGUGCCUGAUUUCAGCUUGAUUGAUAUGGAUUCCAUUGAUUUGGUUUUGAUUGCCAACAGUGAAUGCAUGCUUGGGCUACCCUUUCUGACUGAAUAUCUUGGAUACAAAGGCCGUAUCAUUGCAACUGAGCCAACGAUUGAAUAUGGAAAGCAGCGCAUGGAAGAGUUAGUGUUUUAUCAUGGUCAUAACAAUACGUCUCGCAUUGAGCCUACUGUGGCUACUCAUUUCUCCCAAUUGGGUGAUCUCGCUCUGCCCUCUGAAGGGUGGAGAUCUAUCUACACCCUGAAAGAUAUCACUUCUUGUAUUGAAAAGGUACAGCCUGUACGCUAUACCGAGACAUUGUCCUUAUUUUCUACAUUGAAUUUGGUAGCAUACAGUUCAGGCUAUUCAUUGGGAAGUGCUAAUUGGCUUUUAGAGUCUAGUUUUAAAAGAAUUGCGUUUCUAUCCUCGUCCUCCCUGUAUGCAAAUCUCCAUCCAGCACCGUUUGAUCCAGAUAUCCUGAAAGACGCAGAUGUGGUGGUAGUUGGAGGGCUGAGCCAGCAAUCUGAGCGAGAACUGUCGUUUGAAAGAGCCAAGGCAAAAUUAUAUGUCCAUCUAGCACGCACAAAUCAGUCGCUGCACAACUCGGUGAUUGUUGCUCCACCCAUGGGCAUCCUGUUUGAUCUGAUAGGAGACAUUGAAGAGUAUUUUAAAUCGCUUGGAAAAGAGAUUGGACACGAACGACACCAAACACCCAUCUAUGUAGCGAAUCCCAUUGCAGAUCAAAGUCUCAAGUAUGCCAAUAUCUGUGGAGAGUGGAUGAACGCUGGACGCCAUGAUUUGCUGUACCUGCCACAAAUGCCUCUGGCUCAUGGAGAAUUGAUGAACACCGGGGCAGUAAAGACGAUUGUUUCCUUGGAGGCAUCAGUGCUAUCUGAGACAUCCAUUCGAGAGCCAUGUAUCGUGUUUACAGGAGACUCGACUUGUAUCACCAAAGGGCCAUUGAUGUGGUUUCUGAACCAUUGGGGACACUCUGAGCUAAACACCUGUAUCUUUAUUGAUCCCCACUCGCCUCAGGACAUUCAACAUGAUAUACCCGUCGACUGCAAGAUGAACUUUAUACGACUUCCAUUGGAUACUCGACUCAAACUAGAGGAUGUACCUUCCAUUUUACACACACAUUGGCAGCAUGUAGGAAGCAACACACGCCAUUUGCUGAUCCCUGGUAUCAAAGGAGCUGAAUUAGUGAAAGAGGAACAAUCUCAGGGAACGCAAGUUCAUAUAUAUCAUCAGGGAGUUGUACGCAUCGAUGUCAAUAGAGAUUGGGAAAGAGUCUCUGUAAGCGAAAAGUUGGCUAAAACCAUCGAUCCUACUAUGGUGCCUAAUAGUGAUGGUAUUCAUUUCUCUGCUUGGGCUCCUAUCAAUGGGUCUCUCAAUUACUACAACAAUCGCUUAGAGAUACACCCGAGCACCAAUGUGAAGGACGAUCAAGCGCUGAUAUUGGAUCACAAGAGUGAAUUGCGUAUUCAUACAGAGUUGAAUACGACUAUCAGACGGUUUGAAGAGCAUGCGAUACCUAUCCAUAUUACCAAAGAUAUCAAUGGCAUCACAACCAUUGAAUUGCCCUCUGAUAUGAAUGCCAGAAUCAUCAUGAAUGGAUCAUCUACUACAAUCAUUGCCAGUGAUGACAAAGUAAGGGAUCUACUGAGGCGAAUUACAGUGACAGAUUCGCGGGAAUUGUAA